AUCCCCACAUUCUCCAUCGUUCAGAAUGUCCGAUAAUCCGUCUUUCGUGUUACUCGGUAUCGAUAACGUGACCUUUGAGCAGAGACCAAUCGUCGAACCGGCUGCAGACGAGGUCCUCGUGCAGGUAAAGAAGACUGGAAUCUGCGGAUCGGAUGUCCAUUUUUAUGUCCACGGCCGUAUUGGAGAUUUCAUCGUUGAGAAACCCAUGGUCCUAGGCCAUGAGUCUGCAGGUGUCAUCGCAAAAGUUGGGUCCGGCGUUACAACACUCAAAGUGGGCGACCGGGUAGCCAUAGAGCCAGGUGCUACUUGUCGCAAGUGCGAAUACUGUAAGACUGCUCGCUACCAACUUUGUCCAGAUGUCGUUUUUGCCGCCACUCCGCCAAACGAUGGCACUCUUGGUCGCUAUUAUCGUGUUCCUGCUGAUCUAGCUUAUCCGUUACCUGACCACCUUAGUCUUGAAGAUGGAGCUAUGAUGGAGCCCCUGUCCGUGGGAAUCCAUGCAGUUGCUAAGCUAGGCGAAUUCCAAGCAAAUCAAUCCAUUGCAGUUUUUGGAUGCGGACCCGUUGGUAUUCUGUGCAUGGCUGUUGCUAAAGCUCUCGGUGCCUCCCGCAUAAUCGCCGUUGAUAUUGCGCCGUCUCGUCUCGAGUUUGCGAAGUCGUAUGCGGCGACCGACGUGUUCGUGCCCCCUGCUCCAGAAAAGGAUGAAUCUCGCGUAGCUUUCUCGAAGAGGUCGGCGGCAGCGAUGCAGAAGGCACUUGGCAUUGCAGACAGAGGUCCUCAAGCAAUUGAUCUUGUCAUUGAUGCCAGCGGUGCCGAGGUGUCUAUCCAAACGGGAAUUCGCAUCGCAAAGACGGGGGGUGCCUUUGUUCAGGUUGGGAUGGGGAGCCCUGAUGUCACAAUUGACAUGAGUGUCUUGAUCACAAAAGAACUGAAGAUGAGGGGUUCAUUCAGAUACGGGCCUGGUGACUAUAAGCUGGCCAUUGCUCUCGUGGCGCAGGGAAAGAUUGACCUCAAACCUCUUGUGACUCAUCGCUUCCCAUUCGAAAGUGCUCUCCAGGCAUUCAAGACGACUCGUCAAGGAAAGAGUGACGAUGGUAAAGGUGUCAUCAAAGCCAUCAUAUCCGGCCCCGAUGUUCCCCUCGACUCGGCGUGAAACAACGAUUGAGCUAUGCAAAAGAAGUAAAUUAUGGGGUAGUAUGUAUGACUACUGUCGUAACUAUUAAGUUGAUAGCAGCUAUUGUAUUCGCGAACAUCCAUCUGUCAAAUAUAGCGAUUCUCAUUUCUGACA